UUGAAAUAAAAUUCCUCCUCGUCCGCUGCUCAUGAGAACCUGAACCAAGAGCCAACAGGUCUUCAGUGAGACUGGGCUGCGUAAUGACGCUUUCACUGGCUCCUCGCGGUUUUUAGGAGUGAAAUGAUGCAGGGGGGGGGGAAUGCAAUGCAACACGUGCAUUUGACUUGAACUGAUUAAAACAGAUCCCCCAUCUCUGUAGGCACCAUGGAGACUCGCAACCUGUGUUCACUCCGCACACCUUUCCCGAGCGAUCACUUCCAGCAGCAGGUCUCCGCGCGUUUCCAAAGGACUUCUUCACUUCUCUAACGACUUUCUUAGGAUAUGCUGUGUUUUCUUAUUCGAACCCCCUCGCACACACUUUUCUCGAGAGAGCUUUUUCCCCAAUAACAUUUAAGUAACAUGCAGUGUCGUGGUGUGGUGAGAAGCUCGGCCGGUCUGUCCGCGGUGCGCUCCUGUCUGCUGCUGCUCUUCAUCCACAUGAGCGCACCGGUGGAGGCGAAGAGAGUGCCCGGCGGCCGGGCGCAAACUCGGCGGGUGCAGCAGCAGCAGCAACAACAGCAGCAGACUCCGGCGAACAGGGAACGGGUGGAUGGAGCAGAGAGCUUCCCGCUAGACUUUACAGCCGUGGAGGGUAACAUGGACAACUUCAUGGUGCAGAUUAAGAACUUGGCGCAGUCUCUGUACCCGUGCUCUGCGCAGAAGCUGGAUCAAGACAUGAAGCUGCAGUUUUUGAAGAAUAUAUCUGUGACUUGCAAUGACGGGUCACCUGCAGGGUACUACAUCAAGGAGUCUAAAGGCAGCAAGAGGUGGCUGCUGUUCUUAGAAGGUGGAUGGUACUGUUUCAACAGGCAGACCUGUGACAGCAGGUACGAGACGAUGAGGAGACUGAUGAGCUCCACCAAGUGGCCACAAACCAGAACAGGAACGGGAAUUCUGUCUCCUCAGCCGGAGGAAAACCCUCACUGGUGGAACGCCAACAUGGUGUUCAUCCCGUACUGCUCCAGUGAUGGCUGGAGCGGAGCCACGCCGAAGACAGAUCACAGCGACUAUGCAUUCAUGGGCUCUCUGAUCAUAAAGGAGGUGGUCAACGAGCUGCUGACAAAAGGUCUGGACAACGCCAAAGUUCUGCUUCUGGCAGGAAGCAGUGCGGGCGGUACAGGUGUCCUCCUGAACGUGGACCAGGUCGCAGAGCAGCUGGAGUCGCAGGGCCACCGAGGGGUGCAGGUCAGAGGCCUGGCUGACUCCGGAUGGUUCCUGGACAACAAACAGUAUAAAUUCUCAGAGUGUCUGGAUACCCUCAGCUGUGCCCCCACUGAAGCCAUAAAGAGAGGCAUAAGGUACUGGGGCAGUUUGGUGCCAGAGAGCUGCAGACAGGCUCAUGUGGGAGAGGAGUGGAACUGUUUCUUUGGAUAUAAACUCUACCCGACGUUAAAAAGCCCGGUGUUUGUGGUGCAGUGGCUGUUUGAUGAGGCCCAACUGACGGCCGACAACAUCCACCUGACCGGACAGCCCGUCCACGAAGGCCAGUGGAGAUACAUACAGAACCUGGGACAGGAGCUGAGGAACACGCUACGUGACAUGCCGGCGUUGUUUGCUCCGGCCUGUCUGUCACAUGAACUCAUUACCAGAACCUACUGGAUGGACAUUCAGGUGAAAGGCACCUCCCUGCCCAGAGCCCUCCACUGCUGGGACCGAAGCCUCCAGGACAACAACAACAACAAGAGCAACAGCACCAACGACCACCAAAAGCACAAGACCCCACCAACGAGAGGUUGCCCUCUACGUUUGAUCGACAGCUGCCCGUGGCCUCACUGCAACCCCUCAUGCCCGACUAUUCGAGAUCAGCUGACCGGACAGGAGAUGAGCGUCAUCCAGUUCCUGAAGCACGUGGGCUUUGACGUGCAGAAGAUGGCACAGCAACAGGGGAUGGACCCCAGGACGCUACUGGGCAUGCUCAAUAACGGGAACUAAGAUGCCUUUCUUUUUUUCAAAGUGCAGCGAUGUUGGAAGAACAUGAACUCGAGUGAAAAAACUGUCCACUUCCAAACAUCCAACAACAAUCCGAACGACUCAAACAAAACUCUGCAGAGUUUGGAAGAGACUAUUGAGUCGAAUACAAUCAAACCAGAACGUUUGAGCUGUUUAAACACAACAUACAGGAUCACAUGCUCCUUGUUUUAAUACGUAUACAUACUGUAGAUAUGCUAUUAUUGUGAGGUGUACACAAAUACAAUGACAGGUUGGUACAGUGUGUGUAUAUAUACAGUGAAUAUGUACCGUACAUUAUGUCAUGGUGGUAGUCUACAAUAAUUUUGAUGGGAAAGCACUGCAUUGAAAACAGCAGUUUGUUUUUGGGGAUUUGGUGCUCUCUCCUGUCAACUAACUAUUCUGAUCAGAUCAUAUCACAUCUAUGGUGCUGCUGUUUCUACCCUCCACCAAAUAUGCUGCUUUUUCUCAUUUUGGAAAAAAUAAUAAUUUAAUGGGUAAUAUUUACUAAUAAAAAGGUACAAAGAUUAAGACUAUCACUUGUUCUUCAGGCUACUUUAAAGUGCUUGUAUAUUUAUUUUUCUACUGAAAAUAUCCUUUAUGUCUCAUAGUUACUGCAACAGUGUCUCCAUACAUUUAACUUUUUAUUUGCAUGUUUGUGGGGGGGAUAAAACUGUAUGCUAACAGUACAAAUUAAGU